AGACCCGGGGCGGCCCUCCCCCCUGCCUCGCCACCCGCACGACUCGUCCGGUCGCCUGGCCAUCCACGAUUUCCAAGGUUACGACGACGCGACGUCGAACAGUGGUGCGCUUUGCUUUGCCCGCCCGUGGUGGUGGUGGUGGGGGUGAAUCUGAGCACGGCGUGCGCGCGGCUGCCCGCAUCCACUUUUAUUUAGUUGGCUUAGAGUCAGAGGGUGUGCGCCACUACGGUUCAGCCACGACGAGACGGGUCCUAUUUUUUCGAAACGCACCCUCGCGAAAAAAGGCUAGUUUUUCGGUCGAUUUCGACGACGUGAAGUUCGCACUCGAGUCUGAUUAGGUGUGUCGUGCCCGAUAUGUACGUUGCCGAGUAAACAAACUGUGUGAGAGAGAGACGGGAGAUAGAUAUAUACACGUUGGUGUAGAGAAUAUACUGGGAAUUUACAAGGACACACUGUUGCUGUACCCUACAACCGAUUCCAAAAUUCCGCCUGAUCCGCCCAUGUCCGGCGUACCCUUCCGCUACGCGCCCCAAUUCAACCAGCCAGUGGCGGCGGCACCCGCUCCCCACAACAUGUCGACGCAACGGUUCUGCCUCCGCUGGAACAACCACCAAUCCAACCUACUCACCGUCUUCGACCAGCUACUCCACGACGAAAGCUUCGUCGACGUCACACUAGCAGUGGAAGGCCAGCUACUCAGAGCCCACAAAAUGGUUCUUUCAGCCUGCAGUCCCUAUUUCCAAGCCCUCUUCGUCAACCAUCCAGAUAAACAUCCCAUUGUCAUCCUGAAAGAUGUCCCGUACAGCGAUAUGAAGAGUUUGUUGGAUUUUAUGUACAGAGGUGAGGUGAGUGUCGAUCAGGAUAGAUUGACGCAUUUUCUGAGGGUCGCGGAGAGUCUGAGGAUUAAAGGAUUGACGGAGGUGAACGAAGAAAAGUGCGACAACAUCGCCUCCUCGCUGAGCCAACAGAACAACUCGAACAUACCGAACCUGCAACGGAUCCAGCAGCAACAGAACUCGAAGCGCGUGGGGGCUCCGAUAGCCGGUUUCAACAUGCUGGGGAACUACUUGAUGCAACCGAAGAGGAAACGAGGUAGGCCUAGAAGGUUAUCGGGCAAUUCGAACGGCGACGAUUCGGAGGCCAAGGACUCUGUAGUCCAGGGCAGUCCGGAAAUGUUGGAGGUUAAAAUGGGAGCUGAUGGUUUUGCAGGCAACCAGUCGGACAGCGGCGGCAGCAAGGAGGAGGAGGUGGGAGAAAACGGAACGAGGACAGUGAUCAAGGAGGAGCGGGAGGAACCGGUGGCGGGGACGUCGCAGGAGAACUUUGGUGGGGGAGGAGGGAAGAACUCAGAGGACGGUCAACCUGACGUAAAAUACAUGACACAACAGCAACUGUUCACGCCCAAGGUAGAAGUGACGGAAAAUUUCGAAAACAACUCAGACCAACCUAGCAACAAUGCCACUCCCGAGUCCAGUCGUAUCAGUACACCGGACAGCGUGCUCAACAACAACAACAAUUUGAGCACGCCGAGCACCAGCGCCCUCACGAUGAGCGCGCCUACCAACAAGCCACCUGUCAAACGACGCAUGCGUCGCAGAGCCACGUCACAGAGCCAGGACCCGGCCGAACAGCUGACGGAAAUGUCCGUCAGGGGGCUGAAUCUGUUCAGAUACGCCUCGAUCAAUGAGGGGAUCUAUCAGUGCACUGAGUGCGCCAAAGUUGAUGUGACCAAAACGUUCAAAAACAAGUACAGUUUUCAGAGACACGCAUUUCUUUAUCACGAGGGGCAACAGAGGAAGGUAUUCCCGUGUCCUGUGUGCCAAAAAGAAUUUUCUCGACCGGAUAAGAUGAAGAACCACAUGAAAACAGUUCAUGAUUGUUUCAUGCCUAAAGAUGUUGUUAAUGAUGUGGUCUUCCCUACGAUGGGGUUCUACCCAACCAUUUAGAACAGCAUAAAUCGUAUUUGAUUCAAAAAUGGUGCUAUCCGUCAAUAUACAGUUUUUGAGAAGACAUUUAUACGCACAUAACAGGGGUUUUCAUACUACUCGUACUUUCAUACUAAUUUAAAUACAUAUCGGAAGUACUUCCGAAAAUAUUUUUGAAUGAAUGGGAGUUAUUUGAAAUAUCCCUGUAUUUCAAAAUGUUAUUACUUAAAAUACGUUUGAACUAAAUUGUGGCGUAAAGUAGAUACAAAAAAGAGUACAAUAGUAGAACUAAGUUAGAAAUGUGAUCCAAGCCAAGCUUGGUUUAAAUAUCGACCUUCCGAAGGUUUAAACGCGUAGGUUAGGAUUAUUUUGUAGAUCUUUUUAUUAACUCUGCUAAGCAGUGGUUUAUAUUCGCCAAACUAACGUACUAUUAGAUUAUGGUUUGUUCUAGUUUCAUUUUCUGUCAAAUGAACCGCAUAGAAAACACUAUAACCUUUUAUAUCAUAAGAGUGACAUAAUUGUUAUUUAUAUGUUAAGGACAUAUAUCUGCUGUAUUAAAAAGAAUAUAGUCACUCCUGAAUUGUUUGAUCAUCCUGUCGAAAUGAUUUUUAAUGUGUUUUUUUUAGUUUUCAACAUGUUUAUAAGUUAUUUUCUUUGUUAGCUUUGUUAACUUUUCUAGUUUUUUGAUCAGCGAACAAAAAUAUUUUAUAAAUGCCAGUAUAAACAGUUUUUCUAGUAGGCAUUUCGGUUUAUUUGACAGAAAAUUUGAAAAAACUUCUUUUUACGAAUUCGGAUUGGGUUUUGCAAAUAAUUAGGGCUAGAAAUAGCGGAGUAAAAAAGUUUAUUUUUAGAAUAUUAAUAUACAAGUCAAGUCUAAAUUAGUACAGCUGCGCAGACUUCAGACAAUAAUAAUACUAAUUAUAAUAUUGUUGAAAUAUUAGCAAUUCCUGCUGCGUAAUACAGAGAUAUUUUUCUUAAAAUAUACAGACAUCAUUUUCUUAAAAUAUAUUUUGCCUAGCCAUUAAUUUUUUGUAUUGAAUAUUUCUUUUUAACUUAAAUUAUUAUUAAUAAUAAUAAGUACUUGCAAUAAACACUUUUUGGCGACAAAAAACAGCUUAAAAUCAGGCUAAAACACUUCAAAAAUAUGUUAAAAUAGUUGAUAAUGUAUCAUAUCAAUACAAAAUUGAUGGUUAGGUUAAAAAACAUUAUUUUUCUCUAAUAUAUAUUUUACCAUGUCGUUCAUAUAUGACGUUGAAGUCUUUUUUUUAAGGUGUUGGGAGAAACAAAAUGAAAGUGAUCUUUAAUUCUGUUUUUUUUAUAUAGAACCUCUGUAAGUAAAUGUUAUUUAUUUUUAUUCUCUAUAAACCUUUGUUUUCUGUUGAUUAAUUAUACUUAGUUUUUAAGCUCUUUUUUGACAAUUUAUAUAUAUUUUUUGACAGUAUAAAGAAAAUUCGGUUCUUUACAUUCAAGGCGUUAAUGUUUUGUUUCAUAUUUUUUAAUCUGCCUCGCAAAUAUGUUUUUUUUUUCUAUACAAAAUCAUUGCAAACAAGUUUUUUAGAGCCAAAUAAAACUUGUUUGUUUGAAGAUUUUGUUUCGGUUGUUUCAAACUGUUAUUUUGCAAAUUUUGUAUGUUUUAUAAAGAUUUUUUUAUUUGUAAUUCAUAGAGCCAACGAAGUUUGUGAUUAUAAACAGUUUGUAAUAAUGUCUCGGAAAUCAUAGAAAUAUCAUUUGAGAACGAUAUAAAGAAAUAUAGUUUCUAAACUCUUUAUAUUUUUUUGUAUUGUACUUGAAACAUUUCAGUGCCUAUUAGAUACAUUUUUAAGGUCUAACAGUACGUUCAUUUUAAUUUUAAAGGGGCAGAUGUGACUGAAUUAAGGCCAUCACAACAUUAACUGUAGUUUUAAAACUAACCAACUAUUAUUAGAGUUUGCUAGGUUAUUUUUCAAUAAUUUUCUUCAUAAAAAGCCUUGAAAAAGAUUACUACUAUGUUGUGUCUCGGUACACUAUGUACAAAAUGUUUAUUUCUUCAAAUGAACUUGUUAGUUUUUUAUAUAUAAUAAUAUAAUAUUUUCUAAUAAUAACUGAACUUGGCAAUAGUUUACAAUCACUAUGUGAUAAGUUUUUUUUUAUUUUUUUUUGUUUUCACUUUUGUUUAACGUUUUGUUAGGCCUUGGCCAGUUUUGUCGUCAAAGUUCUUCCAACAGAGGGAGCUCUACGGUCGAAAAAA